AAAAAUCCCAAAUCUUGGGUUUGGAAUAAACUGUGAAAAUGUUUACCCGGUUAGUUUGUAUCAGUGAUUAUGAACAACAUGCUAAAUCAGUGCUUCAGAAGUCUGUAUAUGACUAUUACAGGUCUGGGGCAAAUGAUCAGGAAACAUUGGCUGAUAAUGUUGCAGCAUUUUCCAGAUGGAAGCUGUAUCCGCGGAUGCUCCGGAAUGUUGCUGAAAUAGACCUGUCGACUUCUGUUUUGGGACAGAGGGUCAGCAUGCCAAUAUGCGUUGGGGCUACUGCCAUGCAGUGCAUGGCUCACGUGGAUGGGGAGCUUGCAACUGUGCGAGCCUGCAGGUCACUGGGAACCGGGAUGAUGCUGAGUUCCUGGUCCACUUCCUCAAUUGAAGAAGUGGCAGAGGCCAGUCCUGAGGCACUCUGCUGGCUGCAACUGUACAUCUACAAGGACCGUGAGGUCACCAAGCAGCUAGUGCAGCGGGCAGAACAAAGGGGCUACAAGGCCAUAUUUCUGACAGUGGACACUCCUUACCUCGGGAACCGCUUUGACGAUGUGCGUAAUAGGUUCAAGCUGCCACCUCAACUCAGAAUGAAAAAUUUUGAAACCAAUGAUUUAGCAUUUUCUCCAAAGGAAAAUUUUGGAGACAACAGUGGACUUGCUACAUACGUAUCUAAAGCAAUAGACCCAUCCAUCAGCUGGGAGGAUAUUAAAUGGCUGAGGGGGCUGACAUCACUGCCAAUCGUUGCAAAAGGCAUUUUGAGAGGUGAUGAUGCCAGGGAGGCAGUUAAACAUGGUUUGGAUGGGAUCUUGGUGUCAAAUCACGGGGCUCGACAACUUGAUGGGGUGCCAGCCACCAUUGAUGCCUUGCCAGAAAUCGUGGAGGCUGUGGAAGGGAAGGUGGAAGUCUUCCUGGAUGGGGGUGUUCGGAAAGGCACCGAUGUCCUGAAAGCUCUAGCCCUGGGAGCCAAGGCUGUGUUUGUGGGGAGGCCAAUCAUUUGGGGCUUGGCGUCCCAGGGAGAGAAAGGUGUUCAAGACAUCCUUGAGAUCCUAAAGGAAGAAUUCCGAUUGGCCAUGGCUCUGAGUGGGUGCCAGAACGUGAAAGUCAUCGACAAGACAUUGGUGAGGAAAAAUCCUUUGGCCGUUUCCAAGAUCUGACAGUGCACAAUAUUUUCCCAUCUGUAUUAUUUUUUUUUUCUGGCAUGUAUUACUUGACAAAGAGACACUGUGCAGAGGGUGACCACAGUCUGCAAUCCCCACUUCAAUACAAAGGGUGUCGUUCUUCUCCAACAAAAUAGCAAUCCCUUUGAGCUCAUU